AUGUUGAUUAUCAUCCCACUGGCAUCACGGUCAUUCGAGAAGCAAAAGCAAAAAUAUCAACGAGAUGAACAAAAGAAAGUGAAUGAGAAAGAAGAAGGAUUAGAAAAAGCUGAAGUAAUAGCACUAUCAGUACCUGGUCAAUUACAAACAGUGCUGGAAAAUUUACCUUUGGUUUAUAAUACCGAUGAUAAGAGUUUACAGCAAGCUGUUACCAGUGUGGGAAUUAACGACACGGCAGAAAAGGUAUCAUUCAAACCAGGCCAUCGUCGGCGUUCCUCUUAUGAAUCGGCACAGAUCCAACUGACGCACCACCCUCGACAUCCAAGUUUUCAUCGCAAUAUCCACUGGAUGUAUAACAAAUCUUUAACUACGCCUGGUUCUUUUCUGAAUUCAACGAUUGCUACUACUAAUGGUGCCAUGGCAACUACAACUCCAGCUAUUGCUACAGCUGGAACAGCACUUGAUUCUGCAAUUGGCGGGUCAUUGAGUUCGAAACAGAGGUCACUGGAUUGUCAUAAUGAGUUAUCGGCUGGGAUCAUCCCCGAUGGUGAUGAUGAUAACGUUGAUGAAGACGACAGAGACAGUGAUGAUGGCAUUAGCUUCGAUAAUAUGGAUAGUGUAGUUCACGAUAGGAUGCGAAAGCGAAGUAAAAAAGGUGGACGGAGCACGUUGUCACUCUUGUCCAGUACUUUCACAAGAAAGUUAUUUUCUCGUAAUAAACAACAUGAGCAUCAACACACAAGUUCUUGGCGAUUAUUUGGAACUAACAAUUGGAAAAGUAGUGGUGGAGGUCGUGCAGCUUCUGCAGCAACUGGUGCGUCCUGUAGUUCUGCAGCUGAUGAUAUAUGCUGUUCUACCACCGGUUUAAUUCUGGAAGAUAGGCCAAGCACUCUGCCAGCGAAAUCAAUAGCAGAACAACGACGUCAUGAAGCGCAGUAUUUGGCACUUAUUGAAGCAACUAAACGUCAGGAGGCCAGACGUGUACGUCAACGACAACAACUGUUGGAAAAGAAACGAAAAGAGGAAGACGAAACUGCUGCUGCGGCUGAGGUGUGGUGCAGCCGAAUAUUGCCUAAUUGGGAAAAUAUUAAGGACAGCAAACACUGCCGUGACUUGUGGUGGCGUGGCAUACCUUCAAAAGUACGUGGUCAUGUUUGGUCUCUCGCCAUCGGGAAUGAGUUAAAUUUAACACCAGAAUUAUACGAAAUUUGUGUCACUCGAGCAAGACGACAUGCUUUUGCUACAACUGUGACAGGACGAUGUGGUGGUUCCUCAAUUACUGGCUUUAUGGAUGUCGAUCAGCAAUUAAUUCCACCCGUUUUUCCAAAAGUAGGCAGCGGUAUGGGAAGGCCGAUUGGGCGUGAAGGUACUCUCGAGCUGAUUCAUCUCGAUGUUUCGCGAACAUUCCCACAUUUGGGUUUUUUCCAGAAGGGUGGACCAUAUGAAGAGUUGCUUUUGGAUUUGUUAGGUGCCUAUGUGUGCUACCGUCCAGAUAUUGGUUAUGUGCAGUCGAUGUGCUUUCUUGGCGCUAUGCUUCUCCUCCAAAUACACCAACCGUAUCAGUCAUUUCAGGCAUUUGCCAAUUUACUUAAUCGACCAUUGAUGCUGGCAUUUUUUGGAUUACGACAGUCUCAGAUGACAGUUUAUUUCAUAGCAUAUGACCAGUACUUUGAGCAGGAGUUACCUAAACUGCAUCAUCACUUUGAUGUGCUACACAUUCGUCCCGAUAUGUACCUGAUUGAAUGGGUUUACACGCUUUAUGCAAAAUCAUUACCAUUUGAUGUUUGCUGUCGAGUUUGGGAUGUAUUUUUGCGGGAUGGUGAACAGUUCAUCUUUAACACAGCUCUCGGUAUCAUGCAUUUGUAUGAGUGUGAGUUGGAAAAUAUGAACGAUUUUGAUGCUGUAGUUCAUUUCCUCACCCAUUUGCCGGAAUCAAUGAAUGUCAAUCAGCUGUUCGAUGCCAUUGAACCUUUCGUGAAAUCUUCCCCUUCUUCUAGUGCAGGUUCGGAUCACGGAAACGGAAAAAAGCGUUCUUUUCAGCAGAUUCAUUCGGAUGUCACUGAGCGCAUAGCUCAAGCGGCUCUAAUGGCCGAUGGUAGCGGAAAUUUUGGUUUGUUUUCAUCCCCAAUGGAUGCAUUGUAUCAAAAAGGCGAGCCAUCUAUUCGAGAUUGUGGAGGAGAUUCAUGUAAAUCUGUCGUGGCAAAUGGCAUAGUUAAAAACUCAUAUAAUGUUGACGAGCAACAAGCCGCAGCUAUUCGUCUAAACCUAUGCAAUAUGAAAAUGAGCAAAAGCUUGAGCGAAUUCGUGGAUGAUAUGCUACGAGGCGCAUGCACAAGAGAGAGCGAUGUAUAUGCCGACGUUGUUCCGAAGAGUAGAGCACCCACUGCUGUUUAAAUUGCUCAGAAGUUGCUGGUCAUUGAUAUAUGAUUUUUGUGAAUCGUCUGGAAGGAGAAUGUAUAUAAAUCAAAAGGGAUAAUCUAUCAGGCUUAAAAAUCGAUUCAUGAAGCCUAGCCAAUUAUCAGUCUGGUGCCCAAAGAGAGAGCGAGAGAGAAAAGAAGUGAAGCGUACUUCUUUGCCUUGUUCAGUUAUUACUAAGAGCAGUUGUGAGUAGUAUAUUUUGUUUUAAUUAAAUUAUAUUAUUUACUCGAUACUUCCACAGAUUACUUAUCUAUAGUUUUGUUACGUUUUUUUUCUAAACAAAUCGGACAAGUUCUAUUUUUUAAAAUUUUUAAU